CAGCCGUCAGAAUUCAGAAAUGCGUCUGUCUGCCUCAGGUAAUGGAAGACGAGGGUCAAAUCACGUUUACUCUAACAAUUUUACACAGAGUUCUCGCGACUGUCUUCAUAGACGGGAAGGAAACAUGGAGAAAACUAUUCACAGUUGGAAGUGUUGGAGAACUGAUUAACUCAGCCAAAACGGAGCUCUCUCAACAAUUUCAUUCAACAGAAGUAAGCCGGACUGUCACCACAACUGGUCUGCUGACACUGCUCGAGGAAAAGGCCCCUACAAUCUUGAGAGAACAUGAAGACACAAAGACAUUGUCAAUUUCUUUGAGAAAGUUACUUGUUAAAGUGACUGUGAGUGACCUUGUAGAAAAGCAUGGAUUCUAUCCAUCUGGUACAGAAAAGCUGGCACUGGCAAAGGAGAUUGUGUCACUGUUCCCCUCAUUAAGGAUUAAUGUCCCAUUUGGCGAAAAUGAAGGACAUGAGCAUUUUUUUGAUGGGCCAUCACACAGUGGAUUUAUAGAAAUGAGACUACGGAACAUCAGACGGAAACUUCAACAGAGCCAGCGGAUCUACAAUUUGAAACGACGUCUUCCUACAGACCAACCUUCUCUGCCGAUUACUGAUGAAACAGUGCCCACUGAGUGGUUGACCUUGAUAAAGAGGAUGCGACCCUCUCCAGAGAACUCAUCGUCAAUAAAGACUGCAAUUGACCAAACCUUCAGUUACCGUAGAAGAUGGAUAACGAUCGAAAUCGCCAACUGUUGGUCAAAUCUUCAAGGAAUAUCCCAGAUUUCUGGACAUGCCAGCCUUGGUGGACAUUGAAUUUUCCAAGAUGACAGAUGGGAAAGAAGACAUGUUUAUCAAGAAAUGGGAGGGGACGAUUAUCCCAAAACUCAAGGAAAUAGCAUCCUUUGAGAAAAAAAAUGUACAUCAGACACUUAUUGGAGAAAGCUGACAAUCAGCAGGAUGGUACGGUUUUAUAUGAUUAAUGUUUUGAAAUGCUUAUUUUUUUAUCAACAGUAUUUUUUACAGAAUGAAUUCCAUGUUAAAACCAGAAAAAAUGCAAAAUAAACAGUAUGUGAACCGUAUUCAAUGCUUCAGUGUGAUUUCAUGAUAACUACAUAUUGGCUAAAGAAGUUUUCUCAAGGUCAUGACAGAAGAGCAGACACAGCACAUGGUAAGCCUGAAUAUCAUGUGGAAAAAAGUGAUCAUUAAUGUUGUCUGUUUAUAUUUUAAAAAUUGAAUUCCUCUCUGAAG